UUUCCUCGGGGUUUUCUGUCAAAAAAAAAAAAAAAAAUUAUACAUAUAUUCCGGCACCGUUUGACAGCUCCCUGGGAGGCUGUCAGCUCAUCUGUCGCUCGCGCAAAAUGUGUCUAAAUGGAUUGUAAAUGAUCUUGAUGAAAUAUUUACACGCAAGAGCCGAGUGUGUGACAACAUUAGACAUGGACUGUCCCUGGCUUCGCUGUGCUCCUGUGGGACGACCGACCCAACCCCAGUAGCUGAUCGACAAAACAACCAACCGGCCCAGUAGACGACUGCUCCUCUCUCCUUCGAUUGGCUGGCCGCCACCGCUUCCCCCAUCCUGACUGGCUCUGCUGGGAGCGUGGAUGGAGCCAAGAGAUCUGGUUGGCUCAGCCCGACCCAAAGAGGCGGACCUUCAGGGAGGCAGGGUGGGGCCAAAUGAAGUGGACCAGGAAAGAGCAGGGGCCAUUGGGUUGGCGCACGGUGAUGAUGUGAUUAACGGUACCAUCAGCGAAGGGGAGGGGCUAGAAGAGCAGGGGGAGGGGCUUAUGGAGGAGCAGGAGUUCUCCAUCAAGGAAGCAAGUUUCCAGGAAGGAAGUCUCAAACUGAAGAUACAGACCACCAAGCGCACCAAGAAGCCCCCCAAGAGUCUUGAGAACUACAUUUGCCCACCUGAGAUUAGGAUGACCAUCAGACCUCCGGUUGGAGAAGGCAAGGUGGGACGGACAGGGCGGACAGGAGGCGGGGCAGGAGCAGGGCGGGGCUCCAAGGACGAAGAGCGAGGACCUCCCAGAAAAAGGACAUACGAGCGCCAGUUCAGGAUGCCAGAGCAGAGAGAGGGAGGUCUGCUGCAACUACUGGGAGAUCACACUCUGCCCAAGCACCAGCUUCGCAGCUCCUUUCUUCCUGCGCACACACUCUCGCAUACGCAGCAAACACAGCACAGUCUCACGCAAAAAUUCCAACACACUCACGCACACCAACACCAAAUCAGUCCAGACUGGAUCACAUCGACGGCACCUUCUGCAUCCCCAGCCCAUCCUGUGGAUUCUGAGCCAGCCAGAGAUUUGGCAGGAGCCAGCAGAAGCUCUUUGCUAGAUCCGACCCAACCUUUCUCACGAACAGCAACACAGAGUCCCUCGCCUCAGAGAUCCAUGACUCCAGACCUGCAGCUGCCAGUGGUCACCGAUGCCAGUAUUCUGAACCUGACCUCUCUCAGCAGGGGAAGAGGUUUGCAAGAGGUCAGUGAACAGCUCUUUGGGAACAUCAAGAGGAAGUAUGGCAGGAAAGACUCCCAGAAGAUGCUCUCUAAUCCCCACGGUGCUGAUACACACUGGGGAAGGCAGCCAGAAAAAGGAUCGGAGAGCCCGACUAAUUCAGAGGAGAGGCAGAAGUACAGACAAGAAGAGCCAGCCGAGCGAUUCCACGAAGAGAGGGGCGAAAGGAGAAAAGAGGAAAGGGAGAGAACGGUUGCUGUGAGGAAAGGCGAUGAAGAAGACAUGGGGAUAACCAUGCUGGCGGAGGAAGGGAAAGGAAGAAAGAGAAGGAGGCGACCUUCUUUUGAUGAUUCAUUUUCUGUGGAGGAGCAAUCACAGCAGCGAACUCUAGACUCUGAUAAUACAGAGAAGCACCAGCCCGGACCCCCAGAACCUAAAGUAGCACAUAAAAUAGAGACUCACAAAACUGAUUCUCGACUCACGAGUCAGGCUGACGUCGGCGGAGAGAGGACAGAAAAAGGAGAGAGAACAGAUAAAAGUGACAAAAGAGAAAAAGGAGAGAUAGUUAUCGACCAGGAGUCAGAUCUGAGCGCAAACAGGAUUAAAAAGAAUCCAGUUGGGCGCCCGAAGAUCAGCACAGAAAUACCGAAACACAGAGAGGCCACUCACAAUCACAUCAUCAAACCCAAUCUUAACACAAACUCCAGACUCCCAAGUCCUCCAAACCCCAGCCCCAGCCCCAGGUCCAGCAUCAGUCCGAUCCCCAGCCCUAAACCGAGAAUUAAUAUUAGUCCCAGCCCCAGCCCGAGAGCCAGGGCGGACCUGAGUCCGAGCCCAAGCCACAGCACCAGUUCCACAGCCAGUUCCAGAACAGCCAAGGCCAACGAUAGGUGGUCUUACCUGAAAGCUAAAAGCCUAGCCAGCCUCACACCGCCACAGAGAGACAACCUGGGCAGCCUCUCGGCCUUAGCUGACCCGCCAUCUGCGUUCCCUAUCACCCCAUCCAGCCCGCUCUACACCAACACUGACAGUCUGACUGUCCACGCUCCCAUUAAGAGGAAACGAGGGCGCCCCAAGAAACAGCCGCUCCUAACAGUGGAGACCAUUCACGAGGGCACCUCCCUGUCACCUCCCAGCCCGCUGGCACAGGAAACUAGUGCAGGGCUAAGCCGAAGGAGAAAGAUCCAUACAAUGAACACAUUAGUGCAAAUGACUCCCACAACAAUCUCCAACAGUCUGAAACUGAAGCGUGGCAGGGGCCAUUCCAGACCGAUGAAUAAGAUGAAGCUUGGGAAAAUGCAGAGCAUCUUGAAUGAGAUCCUCGCUGGGUCCAGUCAGAACGGCAGUCUGGCUCUGAAGUCGUCCUCUGCCCCCGUAACCUCAGCGAUGAGCGCCAUGGCAUCCACCAUCGAGGCUCGGUUAGGGAAACAGAUAAAUGUCAGCAAGAGAGGAACCAUCUACAUUGGAAAGAAGAGAGGGCGAAAACCCAGAGCAGAAAGUCAAUGCGCCAAUCCUCCGAAGACCAACAGGGACAAGCCACCGAUGUCUGUCUCCACGUGUGGUCUCUAUGAGAGCCCUGUGAUGCCUUCUACAACCUCAUCUCCCAGCUCCAGUGCUCUCUCCAUGAGAGCCACCCUCUCUGAUGCCACUAUGCCCAGUUUGCAGCCCAUCUCCGCCUUGCCCAACAAACCAAUCGGCAGGAGCUUCCUCUCUGGAGGCUGGAAGCUGUCUCCUCCUCGCCUACUGGCUAAUUCACCGUCCCACCUGUCAGAGGGGGCGUCCGUCAAGGAGGUGACCCUGUCCCCCAUCAGUGAGUCCCACAGCGAGGAGACUAUUCCCAGUGACAGCGGGAUCGGAACCGACAACAACAGCACUUCAGAUCAAACUGAGAAGGCUCACGCCUCUCGACGCAGGUACUCUUUUGAUCUGUGUGGGUUUGAGACCCCAGAGGCAGCAGCUCUGGAGGCAUCCAACAGGGGCAGCAGAGCCCGCUGUGAACGGCAGGUGACGGCGGUUGAUAACUUCCUGUCACAACAAGAGAAGAAGCAGAAACAUCACCGGCGGAAGAGGAAGUGCCUACAGAGCCGGGACCAUCUUCACUUUCUCUCUGAGCUGGAGGAGGUUGUGGUGAAGCUCCAGCAGCUACGAGUGUCUCACAGACGAUACACCUGCUACCCGCAGCAACCCUAUCCUUCCAUUUUCCGUCUCAACUUCCACCAUUACUACCCCAUUACCUACGACUCCUACCCCUGUGACUCCAGCUCGUACCUCCGCAGGAGUGCUGACCUGAAGGCUAAGAGGAGACGAGGUCGUCCAGCCAAAACCAGCGAGCCAAUCACAACGAAACUGCCUUUUGUUCAAGGAUACGGUUAUCCGCUGGCAGGGGGAAAUUACUAUGCAGCACCAUAUGCCAUGCCUUAUGCACCUCCUCUGAGUCUGGGCUACUUUCCCCCUGCUCCUCCAUUUUACCUGCCCCACCACUCACUAGGACCUGCACCCCCAUCUCCCUUCAUGAGGCCGGCUGUCCCCCCUCCUAAGGCUUUCCAUUCCAGUGGACUCUCAAAGCUCCAGCCGGGGUCGAAGCUUUGCGGCGCCAGUGGUCCCCUCCAGGGUUCUUCUGUCAGAGCAGAGGGCCUGGGAUCGCUCGGCAGCGGGACUACAGGUGGCCUUGCCGGGGUUCGUCUCCAUAAGAGGAAGCACAAGCACAAACAUAAGCACAAGGAUGAACCCCUUCUUUCGCCACGGGACCGGCAGGAGUUGGGGGGACUUUUCAGCGGCGCCAAGAGCAACGCUCGUCUCAGCAUGCUGAGCGAGAGGAGGGACCUGACCAGUCAGGGUUCUUCUAAGCAUCUGGACAAGCAGAGGGGCAAUAGCAGAGGCUCAACCCUCGGAUCCAACUUGGGGAUUUUUGAGUCGGACCAGCUGUCCACGCACUCUCUCGCCGACAGUCAGUUCCAUUCUCAUCAGACUGGACAUCCAAUCAAGAGCUUCAUGAGCAGCUACAGUAGCCAAUCGCAGCGGACUGAAACAGGUUCUGACCUCUUUCUGGGGUCACGGGAGGAUAAAUGCGGAGGGAGGAGCAGGAGGGCAAGGCUUGCUGUGUUUGGGGAUCAGGGCCUGAUGCCUUUCCAGACUGCCAGGCAGGAGCCAGAGCAGAUGAACGAAUGUUCCAGUCCCUCGCUCAUGGGUGUUCCCAGUAAGCGGAGGUACAAGCGUCGAGAGGUGGAACAGAUCCAGAAGGACGUCAGGAGGAUGCAUUCUUUGAACUUUGAGCAUGUGCAGAAGAUCCUCCGCGCCAAGCGCCUGCAGCGACAAGCCAAAACGGGAAACAAUGUCAUCAAAAGACGGCCCGGACGGCCCCGAAAGCAGCCGCUGGAGGAGUCAGGAGUGACCAACAGGAGGGCGGAGGAUUGGACUGACGCUGGAGGCCUGGACAUGCUGGCCGGCAGGAGAGGCGACGGCAGGACUCUGGGGAUGCCCGUCCUGGAGAGGUGCGAUAACCUGCCAGGUAGGCAGACCAGCAGGCCCAGCUUGACCCCCGAACCCCUGGAGUUCGCCAAUCACGACUCAAUCUCGGCAACUAUCGAGACCGUGGUGCAUCAAGCGCGAGCCGUGCCGCCGCUGGCCAAAGGGGGGAAGCGCAGAGGCAGGGGCCACAGCAGGGACGAACUAUGGGCUCCUGCCGGUCACUAGGUCUGCCGGAGGGAGCGGCUUUACGGAGACAGGACUGUUUCAAGCCUAUCAGAUGCAGUGCCCUUAAACUUGGGACUCCUUGGUGCACUUUGACUUGUUUCUCCUCUCGAGUCUGUGAGGAAUACAGUGGGUCAGCGGCGGAGCAGGAGGAGGGAACGUUUCAGGCGCCGCUCCUCGGUUUGCGAAGCCCGACCAGACAUGGGCCUUUCAAAGAGUCAACGGACCUUCAUUUACAAUGGCACUAUAUGGUACUAUUUGAUACUGAAUCUGAUGCUAUAAAGUGUGUGGUACUUAUGAUAGUGUAGGAUAUUGUGUGAUUCUUUAUGUAUCUGAUACAGUGAUGUGUAUGGUACGUUAUGAUACUGUAUCUGAAUGUGGCUUUAGCCAUAUAUUUACCAGCAGCGGGAGGAAGGAGGAAUGGUUAAUAUAAAACUGUGCAGCUCUGCUUAUUUUUGCCUUUCUGAGGAAGCUUGUCAAAGACAUGUGGGAUUAUAUAUCAGUAAAUAAGCCACCUUAUCCCUACAACUUCACCCCCGUUUCGCCCUCAGCCAUUUGUAACUUCCCACUUUAUUUGCUCUCUCUGAGAAGUAACUGAUACUUUCUGGCAGCUCCACACCUGAGGUCCCCCCGCUUGACAACUCACCCCAAUUCUUUGGCCCUCCCCGGUGCCUGCCGCUCAACUCCAUCGUCUUUUGUCCUCUCAUCUACUCCCACUAAUGUUUUGCAUCUCCUAUUGCUCCAGCCCCCUCAAUCUACCCCCCUGUGUCACCAAUUUCUCCCUCCCCUGCCCAGGCCUCUCCCGGGCAGUGACACAAAGGCAAUAUGGUGGAUGAGACUGUCCCAGACUGUACAUAGAAACAAAAUCCACUGUUGCCUGCCUUGUUCAAUGGGAAACCAGCUCAUAGACGUGUACUGGCAUACAGUAUAUUAAAUAGAACUGUUGUACCAUAGACAAUGAAGUGUGUAUUGUUUUAUAACCAAAAACAGACAUGGGUGUGACUCAAGACAAGUUUGUUUUCAGACAGAAAGGACGACAUGUAUUCAUCCAUACACUCAUUAUUGUGUUUAUAUCCAGGGGGCAUUGCAUAUCGGAGAAAUAUCAGGUGUGUUUUUAGGAAAACCUUAAAAUUGGUUUAAUGCACUAUAUUAAAAAAAAAAAAGAAAAGAAAAGAAAAGAAAGAAAAAACAUACACUUGCAUCAAUCUAAUGCAGCACUUACUUGCUUGUUCCAGCCUUAUGUUUUGGCAUCCGAUGGUAUGGAUAUCCAUUCCAGAGAGCAUGCAUUAUUUUAAUCAAUUUGUAUAUGCAGGCUGCGCAGCCAAAAGCGUUGAAACAAAGCCCAGGGUCUGAAUCGUGAUUGGACAGUUCAGCAGAAGAGGGCUCACAGUCAGUGUUUUGAGAAGUUAAUCCCAGUCUUUCUACUUAACAUGAUUUUCAAUCCAUAUUCUUGGAAAUAUUUUUGGAACGUAAAACCAGUGUUUAGAUUUAGAAACCAAAGUCUCAGUAUUCAUUGUAAGGAUGUAUUAUUUAAAAGUAUCUAAAUCAGAGUUUGACAAACUCUCUACCAUGUUGGCACCAAUGUAAAGCAUUCCUAUGUGCACUGUAGAAUGUAGCCAUCUUGGAUUUUUUUUUUGUGUCAAUAUGUUAAGCUUUUGUUGAACUCUAUCUACAGUAUCUGUGGCUUUGGGUAGUGGUUGGUAUUUUCUCAAAAUAAGUAUUUCAGAAUAUAAGCAAUGGAUCAGUGUUUCUUUGGCAACUUUGUAGAAGUUUGGUUUGAAGAGAUUCAGUUUUUUUCAGGCGGGGUGGGAUUCUUAGUUGCAACAGUUCAACUUGUGCCUUAUGUUUCUUUCUCUCACCAAUUGCAUUUGACCCGAGAAAUAUGAAGUACGGCAGAGAGUGCCCACAAAAAAAAAAAAAAAAAAGUGACCCAAAACAUUCAUGAUUGUGCAUACGACACAUGUGUCUUAGCCAUCACAACCCUGACGCUGCCCGGCUCCCUUCACGGCGUCCGCAGUCAGCAUCCUCUGUCGGCGGGCGCUAAGUGUGUCGCUCGCCACCUCCUGGUUUUCUGACCCACGUCAUCUUAACAUAACUAGAAGGGCUGGACUCAAGAAGAUGAAAUGCUACUCUACCAACGACACAUCGAGCACUGACCUACAAAGUGCAGCAGUGGUGCAAACAGAAAAAAAAAAAUCCACUGGAUCUCGAUGUGUCUCUAUUGAAUGAUAUUGACUGUCCUCAGUGUCAUAGAUAGAUAGCCAGCGAUCACUUAGUCAGCCCAGUAUGUUAUUUACAACACAUAACUGGUUAUGUGCUCGGAACAGAAGGAACAGUGGGGGUUUUCAUGGAAUUCACGUUCUCGUAGAUUGUUGUUGUUUGCUAUGCAUCAGGCCGUGCCUGGCAAUGACCUUAAGAGGAAUUAAUGUUUUGGGUCCACCCUCCGACAAAGAGAAAUAAGUGGUCUUAUUUACUGAAUACAAUGAAUCCGUGUAACAAAAAAUUGUGAAUAACACCAGUAAUAAUUUGUAAUAAGUUGUGCAGAAAGUGACUAUCAUUUCAUGAAAACUAUAGUGACUGCAGCUCUAUGCAGUACAGCCUUAACCAGAUGUAAAACUACAGUAUUAACGUGUUUGUUGUAAAUAGUGUUAGUAUGUCCAUCCUGCAUGGAUACCAGUCGGGACCGUCUCCUGAAGCCACAGUAGACCUUCUCUCUUCUCGCAAGGCUGCCCAAGACCCGAGAAAACAACGACAGCGUCUGACUUCAGCUAAUUUUCCUCUACACUGACAUUCAUUGAUCCAGCCCGUUACGCAGAUUACACAGAGCGUUGGAAUAAUUUGCCUUACCACACUUUCAAAAGUUCUUGGAGGAUACAAGCCCUACUGUAGUGUACUCGACCAAAAAUAGGUAUCCCGGCUGACUUGUAGCUACUUUGCCUGCGGCCAUUUGCGGCAGUGCCGUAGCACGAAGAGUAAGCAAGAGGGUUGUGUGUUUGGGGGGAGCUCUCAGAGGAAAUAGCCAAAAAUACACUCGUCCUAACGUUGGCGCGCGUAACCUUGCUUCGCCGGAUGACUUUCGGUGGGUCUGCAGUCUGCUGUAGUGAAGACGAGGUCUGGAUGUGCGAGUGGUGAGGUGCGGAAGAAAACACGCUUGGCAGCUUACUCCUCCAUACUGUGGUCAGUCAGCGGUCUCUGAAGCUAGAGUUAAAGACCCCAGGUGUUGUCUGUCCUGUCUGUCUCUCCUACCAGCCAAUGCUCCGGUGCCUUCUAACACUGACAAGUAUUGUCCCGAUCCAGAGCUUUCACUCUACACAGAGACUGCAGAGGGGAUGUGGUUGUGAAUGGGGUUCGAGGCCGCUGCUGUGAUGUUAUUAGUCACCAACUGGAACGGUGGCUACAGGAGGUUCCUGAAGACUGAUGUAAGAGUCUUUUUUGACACAACAGUGCAGCAGUGGGGGAUCCUACAUCAGUGUUUGGGAAGUGUAUACUGUAGUCCACAUUUAAAACUGCAGUACAGCAACUAGGAUGAGAGAUAACGGCACCUAAAUUUUGAUCGCCUCCCAUUCCCUAUGUAGCAUGCUGUGAUGAGUGUACUACACAUGGAGUGAAGGGGUCGUGUGAAACAGAGCCUCAUAAAUGUAGAUUUAGUCAUCCUCACAGCAUACAGUUACACUUCUAAGCUAUAAUGUUGUUUAAAGCUGAAAGUGCAUAUGAAGCAUUGAGAAAACCAAUAAAUUUACUUCUUUAGAGCACAAAUUGAGCUCUUCUAACAGUGUGGGCAUAUUUUAGUUUGUAUACAUAGUGUAUUUGAACCUUUUUCUAAAGUGGGUUUCCUUUAUUUGCAUGCUCAACUUGAUUGUAUGCAUAAAUAUUUUAGACAAGCCGAAAGUUGAAUUUCAAUUGAAUUUGAAGCAAGACUUGUACAUUGUUUGAUAUGUUUCUUUUUGUAAUGAAUUUUUUAAUUCAUGAAGCAUUUUUGUACAUUGUAUGAAUAUUAAAAACUGCAAAUAUUUGACAUAUAGAGUAAAUACUAGAUGCGCAUGCAUAUGCAUAUAUCCUUCACUGUAUGUAUGUGUAAAUGUACACAUAUAUUUUGUAUUUGCAUUUGCUGGCAUACAGAUAUAUGUCUUAAGCACAUAUAUACAUGUAAUAUAUAUGUAUAUCCAUGUCUGCUGGCAUGCUUUUGGUCAUGUUUAUCUUUCAUGAUCUUGUAGGCUCCUUUUUUUUUUUUUUUUUUUUUUUUUAUUUCUCUUUCCUCAAAAAGAAAGGCUCAUUCUUUUGCUACCCUUCUGUUGGCUGGCAGCAUUGAGCACUUAUUAAGAAGAACUACAGUUGAAGUUGUUCAUGUUAUCCAUUGUGUGAAAUAAUAAAUGACUUUAUUGACAGCU